CCUAUUCUGUGCCUUUACUUUACGUGGCUAUGCUCUUAAGUUAAGUACGUCGUACGUUAAGUAAAGGUGGCUAUGCUCUUACGCAUAGUAAAGCCACAGAAUGUAAAGCUAAAUUUUCUCUUUUAUUUUCAACCUUGUAACUUAUUAAAAUAAACAUUACAUAAGUCUUCAGGGACUUUCGGCCCUCGGUAAUAACGUGUUUAGAGUAGAUUGUAAAAAUGCAGUGUAUCAAAAAAAAACUUUUUUACAACUAAUAUGUUGCAACUAAAAACAAAGAACCAGACCUACUAAAAACAAAGACGAACAGAAGAAUCUUCCCUUGAAAGUAGCGCUAACUUCAGACCGAUCUGUUUAUUUUUAUUAUCAUUUGUUAUUUUUAUUAUUAUAUAUUAAAUACAAUGGAAAUAAACAGGAAAAUGAUUCAUUGUCCAAUAUAAAUACAAUGGAAAUAAAAGAGGAAACUGUUUAUUUGUCCAAUAUAAAUAAAAUGGAAAUAAAACAGGAAAACGCAAUGUCCAAUAUAAAAUGUAAAAUAGAACCUGAUUGGGAAAAUUAUGAAGAUACUCCUGAUUUGAUUAAAUGUGAAUUGAAGGGAGAAAAUCCUGAUGAAGAUUACAGUACCACUAAUGUUGACGAUUCUGGAGAUUCCAAGAUUUUCUUGAGCCAAAUUAAAUCGGAAAUAUCACUUGAUGAUCUCAAACCUGAACCAACUCUGAAAGAUGAAAUGUUAGAUUAUACUGAAGAGACUCAAAAAAGUGAACAUGGUUUCCUGAAUGCGGAUAUACAAAAUGAUUCAUGCGGCUUAUUAAACAAUGAGGAUAUACAACACAGUAACCAAAAUUUAAGUGUAGGAACUUCCUAUGGAUGUGACAUUUGUUGCAAGCAAUUUUCAGAUCCCAGGCUUUUACGUAAUCAUAUGAAAUAUCACAAUGGAGAAAAUGAUUUCCAAUGCAAGCUUUGCUUCAAGCGAUUCGUAUCAAAUUCUCAUUUGCAAGUCCAUACGCGAUCGCACACAGGAGAGCGACCUUAUAGAUGCGAAAUUUGCACAAAGGGAUUUCAUCAUAAAAGCGCUUUAAAAAUCCACAUGCGUUUGCAUACUGGGGAAAGGCCUUUCCAGUGCAAACUGUGUUCCAAGAAGUUUCUACAAGCAUGCCAUUUAAAAAACCAUAUCAGAAUGCACACGGGUGAGAAACCAUACAGUUGUCAUAUUUGCUCCAAACAAUUUUCACAAGCGACUAACAACAGCCAUAUGCUGUUUCACUCUGGAGAAAAAUCGCUCAGUUGCAAAUUUUGUUCCAAGCAGUUUUCUUUGGCAAGCCAUUUGGACACCCAUAUGCGGUCGCAUACUGGAGAAAAACCUUAUCAAUGCAGAGUUUGCGACAAACGUUUCAUAAAUAUCAGCAGUUUAAAAACACAUUCGCAAAUUCACUCAGGAAAAAUACCUCAUCAAUGCGAAAUAUGUUAUAAAGGAUUUUCUAGUAAGAAUUGUUUAAGAACUCACGUUAGAUUGCACACUAGGGAAAAACUUUUCACUUGCGAUUAUUGUCCCAAGCAAUACACCCAAAGAGGUAAUUUGCGGAAACAUACGCUAAUUCACGUCAAAGAGUUAAAAUGUAAGAUUUGUUCCGAAACCGUUUCAGGAAAGGAUAAUUUGUUAAUACACAUGGAGAGUCACGAAGAGGAGAAACCUUUGAAAUGCGGAUUGUGUUCUAAGCGAUUUCAAAGGGGUUCUAAUUUAAAAGUACACCAGCGAUCGCACUGCGGGAAAAAGCCAGCACCGACGUUGAUUAUCAUCUAACAAAGCUACAUAUGUUUCAAGUGACUAACCAGAUUGCUUUUGUGACACUACUUUGAAUAUACUGGAUAAUCUGUGACGGUGGAUGAUCUAGUUGGAAAUUAAUCACAGUAUUUGUUGUUAUUAUUCAAUCCCAUUUUCACGUUUGUAAACCCCUUUUAUUAUGUCCUAGUCAAUGUUAAUGUGAACAUAAUAUCGAUGUUUCCAUA